AUGCCUGUUCCUCCCCGUUUCAAAGCCUGUCGAAAUCUGCUCGAUACUGGAUCGUGUCCUAUCGAGGAUUGUCCAUACCAACAUAAACUCAUACAUUGUGAACCUUGUCGAGUGUUUGUGACGACUCAAUUCAGUUAUAAACAACAUCUCAAUGGAAAGCAACAUCGUCAAGUUACAGCUCAGCUUCAACAAGUCGCGCCUCAACUGGUCAAUAAUCUUCCAAAACCACAAGGACCUCGUUGUGAAAUAUGCGAUGUUUAUGCUCCUAAUCCGGCUCGACACGCUUCUACGCCGCGUCACAUUAGAAAAGCUAGAUACGAACGUUAUCGCGGUUUGGUGCGGGACUCUGAACAGAACAAACAGGGGAUAGUCAUCUUUCCUGAUGAAAUCAAUUUUGGAUCACUCGAUACUCGCUCAAUUCGUGAUAACAAACUGAAAUCUUUAACUCAAACCAUAAGAAUCUUCAAUCAACGAUCUCAUUUCGAACCUGUUGUCUGGCUUAAAGGUAUUAAAACUUUGUCAGCUAGAUCUCGUCGAGGUCAUUCUUCAGUUUUGAGCAAAUUUCACCCACAAGUCAUUGAAUUUCCGUUACAACUGGAUUGUAAUGACUCUGAUCAAACGAGUAUCGAAAUCAACUUUCAACCUAAAGGAAUCACUGGUAAACAUGUCGAUACACUUGAAUUUUAUUUCGAAAUUCCUGGCACAGGAGAUACUUUUAAAAUUUCUCGACCACUUCUUGCUAUCGUAUCUGAUGAAGCACUUAUGGAAGAACUUAAACCGGUGGCACCCUAUGUGGCUUCAUUAUGGUUACCUUCUACUGAAAUAGCCGAUGAAAUUGUAGACGGUGUCAUGCCACCUCCAUUGGCAGCUGUGAAAUGGACAGGAUCACUUCCUUUUUACGAUUUGCCAAGAUGGAUCACGCGUGGAUUGAACAGCACCGGGGGUGGGACUCGCAGGACUAUUCAAUGGGCCACCAAUGCUGGUGUGAUCCCAUCAGAAUUCUCUUUAUCGAAUUAUUCAAAGUGGUGGCAGGGUGUUCUUUGGAUUGAGGAGACACAGAUGAGGGAGGACAUACGUCGAUAUGAUAUCAAGGGCGUUUCCAUCGCGCGCGUCAAGAAUGACUCAUUGUACAGUCUUGACGUACCUGGACUGGCCGAAAAGCGACCAUCGGUAUUAUAUGGAGAUCAAGUCCUUUUCCGUCCAUCAGGGGAUGUCGAAGGCACAUGGUACGGUGGACGUGUUCACAAAGUAGAGGCGACCAAACUUCAACUCAAAUUUCACCCAAACUUUAGCGCAUUGCAGGGUCAGAAAUUCGAUGUUCAAUUCAGUCUAUCCAGAACAGUCUUACGUCGAAUGCAUCAAGCUGUCAUGUUGAAGGCACAACAGCCUCUGUCGAUCUUUCCAGACUUACCACGUCAUAGAAUCCUUUCAGCUCCGACUGAAGCUGAACGCAAAACCAUUCGUUUUUUCAAUCGAAAUUUCGAAACCAACCCACCUCAACAAGAUGCAAUUGCCAAUAUCCUCACUCGUCGUCAUCCGGAUAUACCCUUCAUUGUGUUUGGACCUCCCGGGACUGGAAAGACUGCCGUCUUGGUUGAGGCUGUAUUACAGCUGUGCGAGAACCCAUCCACUCGGAUUCUCAUGGCAGCUCCCUCGAACGCAGCUGCUGAUCAAUUAGCCUUAAGACUUCUACAGGCUGGUUUGAAAGCCUCACUCUUUCGAUUCUGCGCACCUACUCGAGCCACCAUCACCCUUACGCCUGGCUUAGAAAAGGUGGUUUGUAGAAACGGACGCGAUGGUCCAUUCUGUACUCCAGAACUUGAAGUCCUCAAAAGAUACCGAGUCGUUAUCUCCACCUGUCUUUCUGCUGGAGUCCUGGCAGGUGUGGGUGUUCCUGCUGGUCAUUACACGCAUGUAAUGAUAGAUGAGGCUGGACAAGCUUUGGAACCGGAGGUUAUGGUACCAAUGAAAACACUACAGAAACCAGGCACAGAAAUCAUCCUUGCAGGUGAUCCUCAUCAACUUGGGCCAAUCGUUCGAUCACCUGUCGCUGCUGCACUGGGAUUAGACAAAAGUCUUCUUGCUCGAUUCAUUGAAUUAAAAGUUUAUCAUAUGCUUCCUAAUCGAUAUUCAUCAACGAUCUCCAAAUUGACUCAAAACUAUCGAUCGCAUCCUUCCAUUCUUGAAUUUCCAAACAAAGAAUUCUAUGAAGGCGAUUUGACAGCAUGUGCAGAUCCCAUGCUCACGACCAGUUUAGAAAGAUGGGAAGAAUUACCGAUCGGUAAAACUCCUAUCGCAUUUCAUAACGUACCAGGAGAAGAUCUUCGAGAGAGUGGUUCUCCUAGUUUCUUUAAUUUGCUCGAGGUUGUUGAGGUGAAGAGAUAUGUUGAAUCAUUGAAAGAGGACAGACGAUUCAGAUUGACUGAUCAAGACAUUGGCGUCAUCACGCCAUACAAUGCCCAAGCAAGCAAGAUCAGGAUAGCCUUGAAGCAAUAUCCAAAGAUCAAAGUUGGAACAGUAGAGGAAUUUCAAGGUCAAGAGCGUAGAGUGAUAGUUUUAUCCACAGUAAGAAGUAAUCAAGAAUACUUGGAAUAUGACUUGAAAUUUAGUCUCGGAUUUGUGUCUAACCCUAGACGAAUGAAUGUGGCUAUUACACGAGCACAGGCUGCGCUGGUCAUUAUUGGAGACUCGUCUGUAUUGCAGUUGGAUCCUCUUUGGAAACGAUACUUAUCCACACUAUCACUGAAAGGAUGUUGGAAAGGUCAACCGAUUAACUGGGACGCAGAAGAUUACCUCUAUCAAUCUUCAGAUGAAUCCGAAAGUUCAGAAGAAUUUUCGGAAUCUGAUACAGGUUACAUUCGUCCUAGGUUGCAAAAACCAACGAAUCGUAAACCCAAAGGUUUACCAGUCGAAGAGGAUCAUUUAUUCGUAUUGACUGGAAUGGUACAAACUAUUAGACUAGAAGAUAAUUUAUCAGAUGAUGAAGAUUAUGAAAUGGUUGAUAAGAAUCGAGCUAGAAGGUUGAGACAUGAAGCUAUGGCUGAUAAAGAUUGGGGUACAUUGGAAUGAAAAUAAAGAUGAAAGGUGAUCCAAAGAACUCGAUUUUAAAGAGUUUGAAUCUUUAUAUUUUUUUUUCGAUUGUUGUAUGAUUUCUCAUACAUACUUAUAUCUAAAGUUUUAGACUUUUUCAUAAUUGAUAAUUAGGGUAUUAAAACGAAAUCGGGUGAACCAAAGAAGAAGAUUUGAUUGAGUUUUGAAUUUAAUUUUGACUUCUUAUUGUACAUGUAUGCUUAAAACUUGUAAAACUCG